AAAUAGGUUGGCUCAAAAAAGGAAGUCUUGGAGUGCAAAGAAAGGUUUGCCAAUUCAAAAGAUCUUACAAUUAGCCAGACUUUUAUGUUGGACAGAGUUCUCAAUACAGAUGGAAAAGCCUUGCCGUCCAUGCGAGGGUUCAAAUACACAUGUUGGUCUCCCUUGGGUUGCGAUUCCAAUGGACGAUGUUUAUUAGCAGCUUUAACUCUGGAUAACCGAUUAACAAUUCAGGCAAACCUAAACAGACUUCAGUGGCUUCAACUUGCUGACCUUACAGAACUUUAUGGCGAUAUGCUGUACGAAACAAGUUUCAAACACUCAAGGCUUGAUGCUCCUAGAAGUGAGGCAGAGAAUUUUUCUGAAUAUGAGCGGAGACAUAGCAUGCAGUGUCCUGUCAGGAUGGAGUGGUCGUCUAUUUGCACCACUCAGCAAGUGAAGCUCAACAAUGAGUGCCUAGAUGUCGGCACAGUGCUUUUAGCUGUGCUGUUUGAAAAUGGCGAUAUUGCUGUUUGGCAGUUUCAGAUCCCAUUCCUGGGAAAGGAGUCCAUUACCUCUUGUAAUACUAUAGAAUCUGGGAUAAGUUCUCCCAGUGUCCUUUCAUGGUGGGAGUACGAGCACAGUGGUCGAAAGAUGAGUGGUCUUAUUGUUGGAAGUGCUUUUGGGCCAGUUAAAAUCCUGCCUGUCAAUUUAAAAGCUGUUAAAGGCUACUUUACAUUAAGGCAGCCUGUUGUCUUAUGGCAAGAAACAGACCAGUUGCCAGUCCAGAGCAUUAGAUGCCUGUCUCUUUACCACCCACACCAGAAGUGUAAUUGCAGCUUAGUAGUUGCUGCAAGAGGGCCUUAUGUAUUUUGGUGUCUUCUUUUGAUAUCCAAAGCUGGACUAAAUGUACAUAAUUCACAUGUGACUGGACUUCAUUCAUUACCUAUUAUAUCAGUGGCUGCUGACAGACAAAAUGGUACAAUAUAUACUUGCUCCACAGAUGGAAAAAUUAGAAAAUUGACUCCUAUCUUCACUGAUGUUGCAGUAAAGUUUGAUCAUGAUUUGAUUAAAUUGCCUGAUUAUUUGGGCUCUGUGAGAGUUCAUGGGAUAGCAGUUAGUCCAAAUGGUGCAUAUAUGUCUGCAGUUACAACAGAGGGAAUGAAUAAUGGACUUCAUCCAGUUAACAGAAACUUUCAUGUCCAGUUUGUUACACUUAUGACUCCAGAAGAAGCAGCUAUUCAACUUAUGGAGUCUUCUGUCCAGAACUUAUUUAAGCAAGUAGAUUUGAUGGACCUCGUGCGAUGGAAGAUCUUGAAGGAGAAGCAGAUUUCUGAGGAUCUGCAGGAGGCCUUGAAUCGAAAGCUGGAAUUGAAUGGUUCCACUUACCUUUGGCGGUUCAAGCUUUUUCUUUUAAGGAUUGUAUACCAGUCUUUGCAGAAGUCCCCGUCUGCAGCACCUUGGAAGCCAUCGCAGGAUGAUUCAAAAAUGCAGGUAGGUGGAAACAUUGAGGUAGAAAACUGUAAAGAACAGCAAGGCACUGGGGAGAAACAGCAGAAAAACUCUGCACUAAAGCAAAAAGGUAGUCGUAAACGGGCUGCAGCAGAAGUUAGUAGAGACUCUGACAGUGAAGAGCUGAGUAAAGACCCUGUUAUAGAGCCAGAGGAUGAUAAUCUAGAAUCUGGCAAAGAAAAAAAGGAAGAGUCCUUGGAAGAGAAACUUUUGGCAGUCCAAGCACGAAUUGAGGCUGUUGAGAUGCACUUAACUCGGGAACAUAUGAAACAUGUACUUGGUGAAGUCUAUUUGCAUACAUGGAUUACUGAAAACACAAGUGUACCGUCCAGGGGAGUCUGUGAUUACUUGAUGUCGGAUCCUUCUUACGAUGACCGAACUGCACGGGUGUUGAUUGGGCACGUCUUAAAGAAGAUGAAUAAGCAGACCUUCCCAGAGUACUGUAGUUUGUGCAAAGAAGUUUUGCCUUUCACAGAUCGAAGACAAGCAGUUUGUGCCAAUGGACACAUUUGGCUCAGGUGCUUUUUAACGUAUCAGGCCUGUCAGUCUUUAAUAUACCGACGAUGUUUGCUUCAUGACAGCAUUGCACGACAUGCGACAGCAGAAGAUCCAGACUGGAUUAAAAGGCUACUGCAAGGGCCUUGUGUUUUCUGUGAUUCUCCUGUGUUCUAAGUGGAUUGCUUGAAAUGAACUGAAAAGACUUAGCCUGAAAAGUGAAAGGCAUCAAGCUUUAUCUGCUGCCAGGAAUGAGCAGAGCACAAGAGACUACAUACUGCGGCAUCACAGAACCUAUAAAGGUUAUUACUUUUUUCUUCGGACAGUCUAAGCAGCCUGGAUUUUUAACAAAACACAAAUUGUGUCACUGUAUCUAAUUUAAAAAUAUGUAAAUACGUUCAUGAUUUUGUACCUUUUGAAAAUAUGAAUUAAAAUAAAUUCAUUAGUAUAAUCCUGUGCUUCUGAUGUAAACGUUCACACUGUGCAGAAAUUCCGUAUGAGCUGCCCCUUAACAUGGUGCUGCCAUCCAUUAUGCAUACCCUGUAGAAUAAUACUGUGAGUCUGGGUCUUCAUAGCAACAAGGAAUGUCACAUAUCAACAGUCACGUCAGUUAAAGCACUGACUGCAGCAUCUGUAGCGAAGACUAUACCUGUGAAACAGUGAAAAAAGGAGUUGUGUAUUCCACGAUACAUAUAUAGAGUUGUAUGUUGGGAAAUCCCUAAUUUUGCAUCCUGUAGUGAUGUGAGACUGUCAGCUCUGUUGAUCAUUUGUGAUAAGUACACUGCAAGACAAACCGAAUGUAAGACAGAGAGUUGUCUUAAAAGAUAUUAGUUUUGUUAAGCUAAAAGUAGUAGAAUUGCACUUUAUAUGCCAUACCAGUCCAAGAGCUGCCAAGUACAUGAUAAUCUUGCCAUUCAUAUGCUGAGUUAGUAAAAUAUUGUCUUGAUUUUUCAGUUUGGAAACAGCAUUUCAGGAUCUUGAACAACUCUUCAUCUUAUUGAUUACAACAUGAGCUCACAUACAUUAAUGACAAUGGAAAAAUAAAUCUCACAGGCAUACAUUAUUCAUACAGUUUCCAUCAUAACUCUGUUCCGUAUUUUUUGCUUUAGAGUAUACAGAUUUACUUUUACAAUUCCUGCCAAUCUACUUAUUUUAGUCCUCUAUCUGAGCAUUGCUUUGUGUGCAUUGUACUCAAAUACACCCCGUU